CUCAUUAGUCACACUGAACUCCUAUGCAACUUUUUUCCAUAUUAUGUUUUUCUGUCCUAGGGCUGGAACCCAGGGCCUUGCACCCGCUAGGCACGCAGUUCACCUUAAUUAUGUCCCUCAGCACGACUUCAGCAGCUUUAAAUCCCCUCUGUAUGGGUGGGGAGAGAUGGGUGUUUCCUGGGCAACCAGGAGCAAGCUGGCGCCCACGCAGAGUGUAGAGGAGCCUCUCCUCCCUGCAGGUGUGUGUGUUUGUGUGUUGGAAAACAUCUGUGAACCUGUUGCGCUGCUUUCCGUGGGUCAACCCGGUCUCUCGUGCAUGGACUUCGGAAACACCCUGGAGCAGGUGAUUCCCUGGAGACAGGGCUGGGCCGUGGUGGAGUGGAAAUGGGAGGCAAAGGCUGCAACCGGAGGACCCUCCUUUGGGAAUCCUGUCUUGUCGCUGCCUCACGGAGGUGGCUCCACUAGCUUUUCGGUUCUGCGGAUGGAGAUCGGGUCAGGCUCCCAGCUACCCCCAACUCCGGGUUAAACCCACGCGCAGAAGAGACCUGGGACCCCCUGCGUCGACUAGUGUUUCCUCUGUACCCUGCCUGCAUAGUGGCUUUCCGGAGCUUGAGUCUCGGGUCCCCAGCAGCAGCAGGACACGGACACCGAGGGAGGCGGGCAGCCGGUAUGCAAAUAUCCGAGGGACCCAGGGAUGCUCCUCCCGCUGGGGUAAAAGGCGGGGCGGGGUGCGCACCGGACCAUAGAAGCCGCUGCCUCCCGGGAGCCGGCCGUGCGCUCCCGCGGAGCCUCCCACCCGGUGUCCCCGCGUGUCGUCCACAGCUCAGAUAGUCUCCCGCCUCUCCUGUCUUGGUGCCUGUCAGUAACUAGAUAACCAGAAGACUUACAAACAUGUCCGAGUUUUGGCUUAUUUCGGCCCCUGGCGAUAAGGAAAAUUUACAAGCUCUGGAGAGGAUGAACAGCGUAACUUCAAAGUCUAACCUGUCCCACAACACUAAAUUUGCCAUCCCAGACUUCAAGGUGGGGACCUUGGAUUCCCUUGUUGGUCUCUCUGAUGAGUUGGGGAAACUCGAUACCUUUGCUGAAAGCCUCAUAAAGAGAAUGGCGCAGAGUGUGGUGGAGGUCAUGGAAGACUCCAAGGGAAAAGUACACGAGAACCUCCUGGCUAAUGGAGUUGACCUGACAUCCUUUGUGACACACUUCGAGUGGGACAUGGCCAAAUAUCCUGCCAAGCAGCCACUGGUGAGCGUGGUGGAUACACUGGCCAAGCAACUGGCACAGAUCGAGACGGACCUGAAGUCGCGAACAGCCGCCUACAGUGUUCUGAAGGCCAACCUGGAGAACUUGGAGAAGAAGUCCACGGGGAACCUCUUCACUCGGACACUGAGUGAUAUUGUCAGCAAGGAAGACUUCGUACUCGAUUCUGAAUAUCUCAUAACCCUGCUGGUCAUCGUCCCCAAGUCAAGCUAUGUACAGUGGCAGAAGACAUAUGAGUCCCUAUCGGACAUGGUGGUCCCUCGGUCAACCAAAUUGAUCGCUGAGGACAAUGAAGGCGGCCUCUUCACAGUGACUCUUUUCCGAAAAGUGAUCGAAGACUUCAAAGUCAAAGCCAAAGAAAACAAGUUCAUUGUCCGGGAAUUUUACUAUGAUGAGAAAGAAAUUAAAAGAGAGCGAGAAGAGAUGACCAGGUUGCUGUCUGAUAAGAAACAGCAGUAUCAAACUUCCUGUGUUGCUCUUAAAAAGGGAUCAGCCACCUACCGUGACCACAAGGUUAAGGUAACCCCGCUAGGUAACCCUACUAGGCCUACUGCGGGGCAGACCGACAGAGAGAGUGAGGGCGAGGGUGAGGGACCUCUGCUGCGCUGGCUCAAGGUGAACUUCAGCGAGGCCUUUAUUGCCUGGAUCCACAUAAAGGCCCUGAGAGUGUUUGUGGAGUCUGUGCUCAGGUAUGGACUUCCAGUGAACUUCCAGGCUGUGCUCCUGCAGCCCCAUAAAAAGUCUGCCACCAAACGCCUGAGAGAGGUGCUCAAUUCAGUCUUCCGGCACCUGGAUGAAGUUGCUGCAGCAAGCAUACUGGAUGCAUCCGUGGAGAUCCCUGGCCUGCAGCUCAGCAACCAGGACUAUUUCCCCUACGUGUACUUCCACAUCGACCUCAGCCUUCUUGACUAGCUGGCCGGCCUGCUUCACUCAAGCCUCAGACCUUGUCAGACAACUGAGUCCUGCCGGAUUCUGACUCAGAAGAUACUCGCAGAUAUUAGUUAGAGUGUAUUUAUUUUUUUAAGAUACAAUAAAGUACUCAGUCCUGAGUCUUGUGUUCUAAUGUUAA